AUGUCAAUUAGUGACAGAUCUGUCAAUGAAGUAGAUGAAUAUCUUUAUUUAGAUGUGGCUCAUAGUUUACCACCACAGAAUCAGUAUUCGAUGCGAGUUGGUUAUCCACCAGGCCGAGUUGGAACAGAACAAAACACUAUCAUUAUACCACCAGAAAGUCGUGAGAGAAGCAAAUUACACGAAUUGUAUGCAUACAGAAAUGAAUACGAACAAUACUUUGACACUGGUCAAAUGAGAAUACAAGAUUUUCAUUUUAAAUUUUAUCAAACUCUGGUCAAACUUCAUAAAUUACAAUUAAAAACUAAUGAAGUAAACAAAUUGUUUUAUGAAUAUUUAAUCCCUGAUCUAUCGAAUGCAAGGAUGCAAUUUAUAAUGUAUUAUUGUAGAGCUCUGUUAGACUUUACUAAGUAUUCAAUUGGUGACGAAUAUGCUAAUACCACAAGAAGUAGUUCUGAUUCAGAUGAAAGUUUUUCACUAAAUGUGCAAUACGAUAUACAUCAGUUUUGUCCUAAAGCAUGUGCCUAUCGUGGAGGUUCAGGAUUUAGUGUCAAGCAUAAAAAUGAAUUGAAUCGUUAUUCUAGCUUGUGCAGUUUCCCAGAACAUUUUAUGCCAAUUAAAUCACAAAGAUGCAUUGAACAAAAUAAUGUUGCACUGGUAAAUCUUCAGAGCUUCAAGUGUGAAUGUUCAAAUGGUUUUAUAUGGAAAGAACAAGUGAAAGCAUGUUAUUUACCGUAUGGUUGGCGUCAAAAAGGUGAGAGGUCAAUGAGAAUGGUUAAUGCAAGCAGAAGUGAUCAUUUCACAUACUAUGCAUAUAAUAAUUGUUCACGUAUUGGAACAAAAUUUAUUCAACCCAUAGAAAUCAAUUCCAGAAUUUCAAAUCAUCCAAAUCAUGAUAGAUUAUAUCAUACAGAAAGUUGUUUUUGCAAAGAUGAAUUCUAUGGAACAACAUGUGAUCAAGUAUAUAUAUUCCAAAUUAUUGAUUUUUUAAAGUUAUCAUAUUUACAUUUAUAUGCAUAG